GGCCUGGCGAGCCUGAGAGAGCGAGAGAGCAAACCCCCCCUUCUCCGGUGAGAUCAGCCCUCCUUCGCCGAUCAUCACUCCUCUCCACCUCUCUCUCGCUCGCUCCUGCUCCCGAUCUCAAUCUUUGGACAAUCGCUGGUCUCGAUCUUGAUCCGUUUGCUGCCGAUCGAACCCUAACCCUAGCCCUUGAUGGCCGCCGCCACCGCUGCAGCAACCGCCGAUCCUUCGACUCCAGUACGCGCGAGAGGCUCGCCAUGGUCUCAUGUUGUACGUGGAGAGCCGGAUCCUGCGCUGGCGUCGCCAUCGUCACCAUCAUCGGGUCCGAUCUCGACUCCGGAGCUGCAGUCUGUGGAGAGCCCGGUUGAGGGUUUGGAUUCUGAUGCUUCUGCUGCUGGAGCGAAGGGGAAGAAGCCGGCGUGGAACAAGCCGUCGAAUGGGUUGGUUGAGGCUGGGCCUGUCAUGGGGGCUGUGUCGUGGCCUGCGCUUGGGGAAGCCACUCGUGCUUCGCCGAAAUCUUCGUCCGCGGAUUCUCUCAAGUCUCUCUCUGAUGGAUCGGCUUCUGCUCCUCCGGUGAAUGUGGUUGUUCCUUCUCAAUCGAAACCGAGUUCUAGUAAUCAAAACACUAAUCAUGUUCAAAAUCAUGCGAUGCCUGCUCGGCAGAAAUCUAUGAAGCAGCGCAGCGGGGGCAGUGGUGGCCAUGCAUUGGCCAACGGUGGACUAGAACCACUCUCGCCCCUGCCUGCUCUGGCAGAGACGCCUCAGGGUGUGAUGGACAAGCAGGCUGGAUUAAAACCCUCUCCUAAAGAUCUUCCGAACAAGCACAACAAUCACAACAAUCACAACAACUGGGACCAUGGUCCUAGGGGCUCUGGGUUCACUCCGCUGCCACAGAGUGAUCACCAUCGGGGUUAUCAUGGUGGUGGCAGGAGGAAUGGUAAUAGUGGCAGUGGCCCCCAUCAGGGUGGCUAUAUGAACCGCCGGGAUCAUGAUCGUGGGGGAUAUGAUUGGAACUCACCACGUGCCUUGAGUGGCCGAGAUGGUCCCAUGCAGCCACUGCCAGGGCAACGGGGUGCCCCACGGGCAUUUAUGCGGGCGCCACCACCACCACCACCUCCUGCACCUCUCUCAGUACCACCAUACAUCCCUCCUCCUCCAUUGCGGCCGUAUAUGAGCCCCAUUGGCUUACCUGAGAUGCACUCUAUCUAUGUCCAAGGUCGUCCUACUCCGGAGACUCUCAGGAACAUCCCUUUGCCUGCUCCUGUAGCUCCUCCCAUGCUUUUUUAUCAACCAUUAGAUUCACGUGCUUUAUUAUUGAAGCAGAUAGAGUACUAUUUUAGUACAGCGAAUUUGUGUAAAGACACAUACUUACGGCAAAAAAUGGAUGAUCAAGGAUGGGUUCCAGUAUCUUUGAUUGCUGGCUUUAAUAAAGUCAAGCAAAUGACAAAUGACGUACAGUAUAUAUUGGAUACAAUAAGAGUGUCAAGUGUAGUGGAAGUUCAGGGUGACCGAAUUAGGAAGCGUUACGAUUGGAUGACUUGGUUAUUGCCCUCACCUCAUCAAUUGAACACUGCUGCUGGACCAUCAUCUCCUGAAACAUCAAACUACGAAACACUUGUGGCUCAAGCUCAAAACCUUGGAUUAGAGGAAUCUGACACCACUCAGACCGAGGAUGCUCAAUCAAAAUACGGAAACUAAUGCCCUAUUUUCUCUUUGGAUGGGCUAUGUUUGGGAUGGCGGAGGGAAGUAUUUUCUAACGGAGAAUUUAAUGACCGGUACUUGGUCCUUUUUUUGACGUGGGAUCUUUCAUUGUGUGGUUAUUUUUCAUAGAGGGGAAAACAUAAAAAGGAUAUAAAUUUUAUAUAACAAAAUUAAAAAAAAAAUUAAAAGACAAUAUCAAAGAAAUAGCGAGGUAAAGCUAUUAGUAUGUCUUGUAUAGUUUGAGUUGGCCUCAGUGUGAUGGUGCUUGUUUUGCAAUUUUCGGGCGAUUUUCUGAGGCCAUAUGUUCUAUUUGCCCUUCUCUUUAUGUGUUAACUUGCCUCUUUGUCUUAUGGGGUGGGUGGAAGAUGGAUGGAUGGAUGGAUGGAUUCUCAUGUGCUUA